GCUGGGAGGGGAGUAAGGGGAGGGGCGCUGACUGGGCAGUCCAAAGAGGAGGGGGCCUUUAAUAGGCUCGCCCAACGCCUGGUUUGCUGCACCGCCAGUGGCUGCGGUUAGCGAAGCAGCCCUCUACCUCGCGCCACUUCUCCACGACAAAAUUUCGCCUGUGCACUUGACAGCGAUCGUACUAAAGCUCCCAGAGCGCGUUUUGCUUAGGGAGGAACAGGUAGGAGGCGCGGGCUGCCCUGUGCACGCUGGCUACUCUGGGAGGAGUCUACCCGACUUGGUUGUCUGUCCUUUCUGGUAGCUGCCGUUGUCCCGGGCGUUGGUUUGUAGGCUAUAAGGAGACAGUGCCUGCUGUGGGAGCCGGGCUAAGUCCCAUCCCAGAGCGCGGCUGUGCGCGGCCCGGCGCCAUGCUUCUGCUGGGAGUCUCAAUCCUGGCUCUAGCCUGGCGACCUGCUGGCAGCUCCGAGCCAGAGUGGGAGGUGGUCGUUCCAAUUCGACGGGACCCGGACAUCAAUGGCCGCCACUACUAUAGGAGGGGUACGGAGGACUCCGGGGAUCAGGGUCUCAUUUUUCAGAUCACAGCUUUCCAGCAGGACUUUUACCUACACCUGACACCGGAUGCCCAGUUCCUGGCUCCCGCCUUCGCUACUGAGUAUCUUGGUGUCCCCCUCCAGAGGCUCACCGGCAGCUCUCUAGACCUGAGACGCUGCUUCUAUUCCGGGUAUGUGAACGCGGAGCCAGACUCUUUUGCUGCUGUGAGCCUGUGCGGGGGUCUCCGCGGAGCCUUCGGCUACCGAGGCGCGGAGUAUGUCAUUAGCCCUCUGCCCAACGCCAGCGCGCCUGCGGCGCAGCGUCACAGCCAGGGCGCACACCUUCUCCAGCGCCGGGGUGCUCCUGUAGGGCCUUCUGGAGACCUCACCUCUCGCUGCGGGGUGGCCUCGGGCUGGAACCCCGCCAUCCUGAGGGCCCUGGACCCUUACAAGCCACGGCGGACGGGCGUGGGGGAGAACCACAGCCGGCUCAGGUCGGGGCGCUCCAAGCGCUUCGUGUCUAUCCCACGGUACGUGGAGACACUGGUAGUGGCUGACGAGUCAAUGGUCAAGUUUCACGGUGCGGACUUGGAACAUUAUCUCCUGACGCUGCUGGCUACAGCGGCGCGACUGUACCGCCACCCCAGCAUCCUCAACCCCAUCAACGUCGUUGUGGUCAAGGUGUUACUCCUAGGGGAUCGUGACACUGGGCCCAAGGUCACAGGUAACGCAGCCCUGACUCUGCGUAACUUCUGCGCCUGGCAGAAAAAGCUGAACAAAGUGAGCGACAAGCACCCUGAGUACUGGGACACAGCCAUCCUCUUCACCAGACAGGACCUAUGUGGGGCUACCACCUGUGACACCUUGGGCAUGGCUGAUGUGGGUACCAUGUGUGAUCCCAAGAGAAGCUGCUCUGUCAUUGAGGAUGAUGGGCUUCCAUCAGCCUUCACCACUGCCCACGAGCUGGGCCAUGUAUUCAACAUGCCUCAUGACAAUGUGAAGGUGUGCGAGGAGGUGUUUGGGAAGCUCAGAGCCAACCACAUGAUGUCUCCCACACUCAUCCAGAUUGAUCGUGCCAACCCCUGGUCAGCCUGCAGUGCUGCUAUCAUCACUGACUUCCUGGAUAGUGGGCAUGGUGACUGCCUCCUGGACCAGCCCAGCAAGCCCAUCUCCCUGCCUGAGGACCUGCCUGGCACAAGCUACAGUUUGAGUCAGCAGUGCGAGUUGGCCUUUGGGGUGGGCUCUAAGCCCUGUCCAUAUAUGCAGUAUUGUACAAAGCUGUGGUGCACUGGCAAGGCCAAGGGGCAGAUGGUAUGCCAGACCCGCCACUUCCCUUGGGCAGAUGGCACCAGCUGUGGUGAGGGCAAGUUCUGCCUCAAGGGGGCCUGCGUGGAGAGACAUAACCCUAACAAGUACCGGGUGGAUGGUUCUUGGGCCAAGUGGGAGCCUUACGGCCCCUGCUCUCGCACCUGCGGUGGGGGCGUGCAGCUGGCCCGGAGGCAAUGCAGCAACCCCACCCCUGCCAACGGUGGGAAGUACUGCGAGGGAGUGAGAGUGAAAUACCGAUCUUGCAGCCUGGAGCCCUGCCCCAGCUCAGCCUCUGGCAAGAGCUUCCGGGAGGAGCAAUGUGAAGCUUUCAAUGGUUACAAUCAUAGCACCAACCGGCUCACCUUAGCUGUAGCAUGGGUACCCAAGUACUCAGGUGUGUCACCUCGUGACAAAUGCAAACUCAUCUGCCGAGCUAAUGGCACUGGCUACUUCUAUGUGCUAGCACCCAAGGUGGUGGAUGGUACCCUGUGUACUCCUGACUCCACCUCAGUCUGUGUCCAAGGCAAGUGCAUCAAGGCUGGUUGUGACGGGAACCUGGGCUCCAAGAAGAAGUUUGACAAAUGCGGAGUGUGUGGUGGAGACAACAAGAGCUGCAAGAGAGUCACAGGACUUUUCACCAAGCCUAUGCAUGGCUACAAUUUUGUAGUGGCCAUCCCUGCAGGCGCCUCCAGCAUUGAUAUCCGCCAGCGUGGCUACAAGGGGCUCAUUGGGGAUGACAACUACCUGGCACUGAAAAAUAGCCAAGGCAAAUAUCUACUCAAUGGACACUUCGUGGUAUCUGCUGUAGAACGGGACCUGGUGGUAAAGGGCAGCCUACUACGGUACAGCGGCACUGGCACUGCAGUAGAGAGCCUACAGGCUUCUCGACCCAUCCUGGAGCCGCUGACUGUGGAGGUCCUGUCUGUGGGUAAGAUGACGCCGCCCCGAGUGCGCUACUCUUUCUAUCUUCCCAAAGAGCCUCGGGAGGACAAGUCCUCUCGCCCCAAGGACCCUCGGGGUUCCCCAGUGUUGCGCAACAGUGUUCUCAGCCUUUCCAACCAAGUAGAGCAGCCAGACAACAGGCCUCCUUCACGUUGGGUGGCAGGCAGCUGGGGGCCUUGCUCGGUGAGCUGUGGUAGUGGCCUACAGAAGCGAGCAGUGGACUGCAGGGCCUCCCCGGGGCAGCGUGAAACCUCUGCUUGCGAUGCAGCCCAUCGACCAGUGGAGAAACGAGCCUGUGGGGAACCUUGCCCCACCUGGGAGUUCGGCAACUGGUCACCCUGUUCUAAGAGCUGUGGCCGUGGAUUUAAAAGGCGUCCGCUCAAGUGUGUGGGUCAUGGAGGCAGGCUGCUGGCUCGGGACCAGUGUGACCUACGCCGCAAGCCCCAGGAAUUGGACUUCUGUGUCUUGAGACCCUGCUGAGGGGACUGUCACUUCCACUCCUUUAUUCUCCACCCGCUGUUGGGCUGAUGCUGCAGUCAGCUGGAGCAGAGGACAGCGGGCAGUGGCCUGUGUCACAGUGUCACUCACAUCCGGAACAAGGACCAUGGGUCUGGGCGAGAGGUUCCUUCCUCCUUGGACUGGGCAGGGGGAAGCUAACUAAUGCAGUCUACCUCAUGCCCUGCUCCUCGGGGCCCAGUUGUGGGGAGAGGCUUCAACAGAUGGGUGCUGGGUAGAAGGUGCUGAAGCCCAGCUUCCGAGGAACCUGGAAGUUGGGUGCCUUCCAGGCAGAACUUCAGGGACCUUGGCCCCACUUAUGGAGGUCACAGGCUGCUAGAAGAGCUAUGGCCUGCAGCUUGGCACCCUCAGGUGAUCCCAGAGCUCUGAUCUAUCCCUGAACAAGGCAGGGUUCUCAUGGUGCUUUCUGCCUUCUUUCUUUUUGACUGAUGUGGACCUAACUAAAGUUGUUCAGGGGUUACUAGAAGCCAAAGGGACAAUGAGUUCGGGUUCAUUUGGGUGCAACUUCCCUGUUUGGAUCUGUACAGGGAGUUCCAUGUUUGCUCUUAUUCCACUUGGCACUCCUUGGAAGACCAGCACCUUGUAACCUGGAUGGUGGGGCAUUAGGUCAGCGGGAGGGAGCACUGUUGUGGCCCCUGAUGCUUUGUGGGCAGUCAGAGAAACGACAGGGACCUCUUCUUGGUCAAGAGAGCAACUAUUGCAAACAGAUGCUGCCACUUAAAAGGGAGAUGGUUUGGUGGCUGAAGCAGGGAGCAUGAGAGAUCUAGAAGGUUCUAUUUUCACGGGGUGAGGAUGGGUAGGUGCUGAGCUGUGGAAUCUGACUUUAAAGAUGUCACUCUGGGAUGGAGAAAAGGAGUUCAGAUACUUUUGUCAUGUUGAGAGGAAUGUGCAAGUGAGCCCAGUGUUGAAGACACUGCAUGGCCACAGGGAACUUACACAGUGACCAUAGCCCUGUACCCACUGAGAGGGAAACAGGGGUGCCUACAUGGGUGAGAUGCUGAACACCCAUCGGCUAGCAAGUCAGCCUUCUUCUCCGGCAGCUCCUGCUGUCUCCUGUGGGCAUGCUACAUUACAUCUCCAAGCUUUCACCUUUCUUGUAGGUAAAUGGGGUUCAUUGUUUGCUACCUCAGCUGCUGCUCUCUAGGACAGAAGUAACCUGGUGCUCCCACCAGGUGCUCAGUCAUUAUCAUCACAGCUGGAUCUGCCCAGCCAUAGAGAGGAGUAGGUGCAUGGUUUCCUGUUUCCCAUAGCCUGGCUAUCUGCUGGGACUCUGAAUAUGAAGACAGAGUGGGGUUCCUUGGGAUCAGGUUUUAGGAAGCACUAAGAAUCAAUGCUCUGACCCAGGGACACUUGGAAGCUACCAGCAGAACUACUGGAGACCCAUCUGUCAUUCUUAUAGACUUGUCAGGGAAAUAGAAAUGCAGGUGUUUCUUAUAGCAGGGUAUUUCUUGAAGACCUAGAAGCUCCAGUGUAUAAUAGGGCAUCUUCAAAGAAUAGGCAUUGUGUCCAAGACCUCAGUGGAGGACUUGAUAGAGACAAGAACAAAAACUCUUGUCUUCACUGUGGGGGAGGAGGGCCAGUGUCAAUUCUUUUACAUGUUCCCUGGUAGUCAAAAUCUACAUACUGGCCAGUGGCCAAUUCAGCCUCUAGGGCAGUGGUUCUCAACCUGUAGGUUGCAACUCCUUUGGUGGUAGAGUGACCUUUUCUGAUAUGUGUCAGAGAUCACAUAUCAGAUAUUUACAUUAUAAUUCAAAACAGUAGUAAAAUAACAAUUAUGAAGUAGCAAUGAAAAUAACUUUAUGGUUGGGUUCACAACAUGAGGAACUGUAUUGAAGGGUCACAGCAUUAGGAAGGUUGAGAACCACUAUUCUAGAGUGCUAUUCUAACCCUGGUCUAUCUCUGAUCUGGAGACCUUGGACAGAGUUUCUACAGUGGGUGAGGGGUUUGCAAACCCUCUGAGACUAGGCUACAGUCACCUUUGAAGGACAGCGAGGGGGAAGCAAUCAGUACUUCAGAGCUGUAUGACAAAAGGACCCCGGGGCUGAAGGGGAGCCUUGCUAGCUGAUGACAGCAUGGUGCCCUGUGCUUGGUGUAUUCUAUCCCUGUGAGGAGAGCUGGUGCUGGGCAUACAGAAAGGGUUAGGAGUAGAAGCGGUGGGAAGUGAGGUGCCCUCAUAGAGGUGGCUGGCCACUAAAAGAGCAGAAUUGCUGUCGGCUGUUUUACACAUUAUUUCAAGGAGGGAUGGCCACUUUUGUUCCUGACACAUUCCAAUGCCAGGUGUCCACACUCUUUUCUGUCACAAUAGUUUUUUUU